AUGCAGGAUCUUGAGGCCUGGGACCUCUCUCCACUCGAGGAUAGGUAUUGCGACGACGAUAAUGAGAGCUGGCUCAAUUCUGUCUCGGGUGGAAGCCGAAGGUCCGUUCCUGAGACGCCGGUCGAGGCGAUUCGCUCUGAUGACGCCUCAUUUUCUCGCAUUAUUAUCACCAUGUUCAGGACAAGACAAACGUGUCUCACCGAUGGCUCAAUCUAA